CCUCUACUGAACUUGUCUAAGUUGUCUUGGUUUUUUUAAUCUGUCUUUGUCUUAAAAAAAAGCCCUGUUCCAUACUCCAUUCCUUAGAACAUCAGUUAAGAAGUCCCACAGGAUUCUCUCUUUGUAUAUCUGUCCUGCUUUUCUCUUUUCUAGCCUUAUUUUUUUCUCUGAGUACAUGCGUGAGAGACCAGGUAAUAAUUGUAUCUUGUCGAACCAGCAACAUCCAUAAUAGCAAAUCAUCAACCCCCUUACCUGAUUUCUGUUCCACUUCACAGUGCAAAACUUGUAAUUCAUUUAUGAUGGCUGUUGACCUAAACAACUCCGAGUUAUUGCUUCCUUCUCAGUUUUUCACUCCCCAAGACCUUCAUGGUCUCUCACUGGAUAACAGCAACAGUAGCAGCAACAAACCCAUCAACCAAAACGCCUUUUAUUACGUAUUUGGCUCAACUGAUUCCGGGUCUGAGUUUAGUUCACCUAUUGGCUCUGAGCUGAGUUCAAGCUCAACAGAGAGCAGUGAAGAGGAAGACGAUUACAUGGGUGAGUUGACUCGCCAGAUGGCUCAAUACAUGCUUCAAGAUGAAGAUAAACAUGAAAAGUCCUGGGGUUUGGCUGGUUCACCAGAAUCAACGCUCUGGUCACAGCUUUGGUCGAACCUUGAUAGUCCUGCUGGGCCAUCAAGGGAGCCAUCUCCGCCAUUGACACCUAUGGGUGGGAAUUUUGAAAAGAUGAAGAUAAAUGAAGAAACAGCCAGAUAUAACCAAGGUGAGAGAUUUAUAAGCACAUCCACCUCAAUCCAAGUAUCCAGGAGUAACCCAUAUGCUAGAUUUCAAUCAAAGCGAACCCUUAUUGAUGAUCAACUAAGAGCUAUCCAAUUUCACAGGCUUAAACAAGAGCAAGCUAUGAAGCAAAUGGAACAAAAGCCAAGGGUUAAGCAUUAUCAAAGCAAAGGGAGAGUCUUCAGUGACAAUGGCCAAAAAGCUGCCACAAACUCUAAUAAUCCCUGGUAUACUCGGCAGCAGCAGCAGCAGCAACAGACCAACCAACAAGCCGGUUCUGAUAUGAGGGCUGUUUUCCUUAAUGCAUCCGGUUCAAGAAAUGGUUCAUGUGGGACUGGUGUUUUCUUGCCUCGUGGAAUAGGAACUCCUUGUGAGUCACGCAAGAAACAAGGAUGUGCCACAGUUCUGAUUCCCGCAAGAGUACUUCAGGCCCUGAAGCUCCACUUUGAGAAAACAGGGGUCCCAUCAAGGUUCGACAGUGGUUUUCCUCUUGAACACGAUGCUUCUGUGAGUGGGAGGAAUAGCAUGUAUUCACAGCAAAAACGCCAGUCCAGGACGGUGCCGGCUUUGAACCAUCAAGACGUGGGUCUACCUCAGGAAUGGACAUAUUAAAAUAAGAACCCUCUCAAGCACACGGGGUUGCUUCUCACUUCUAAUUUUUCAUUUAAGCUAAAUGAAGGGAACAAAACAAGUUCAAGGCAGAAUAAAGAGGAAAAGAAAAAAAAGACAGAGUGGUCAAAUAUAGGGAAUCUACAGAGCGUAGGACAAAGUAAUAUUACUUAUAAGGUUAAAAAAUAUGUAUUUUUCAAUUUUUUUUCUUUUCUAAUUAGGGUUUGAGGUUAGAUGGGCAAAUAAAAUUAAUACGUACAGUCUUUGUUUCCUCUGGCUAGCUGGCUGGCUGGCUGGCUCAAGUCUUUGUAAGCUUAUUGAGGAUGUCUUUGGUAAAGUCCUUGUAAUAAAAUCAGCUAUCAGCAAUAUGAACUUCCUUUGGUAUCUCA